UUCCGUUUUUCGAGAGAUUUGGGUAAUUUGAUGGCGGCGAGCUCGAAUCCGACAGAAGGGUCAUCGGCGGCGGAGAAGAUAUCGUCUUCGGCAGCGGCGGCUACGAAUGGUGGUGCUGUGAAUUCGGUGGAGAAUGGUGGGAUGGAUAAUUCAGAGACGAUAAGCGCGCUGAGGCAUAAUCCAGGGAUCUCUGUUGAUUGGACUCUUGAGGAGCAAUCCUUAUUGGAAGAUUUGCUCGCCAAGUAUGCCUCACAGCCUACAAUAGUUCGCUAUGCCAAGAUUGCGAUGAAGAUGAAGGAUAAAACCGUUAGAGAUGUUGCUCUCCGCUGUAGAUGGAUGACUAAGAAGGAAAACGGGAAGCGUCGGAAAGAAGACCAUUCCUCAAGGAAGAGCAAAGAUAAGAAAGAAAAAACUACGGAUUCUCCAGCCAAGUCCUUGUCUCAUUUGAAUGUGCAUCCUAAUGGUCCUUCUUACGCUCCUCCUAUGAUGCCUAUAGACACUGAUGAUGGCGUUUCAUAUAAAGCUAUUGGUGGUGUGAGUGGAGAUCUUCUCGAACAAAAUGCUCAGAUGUUCAACCAAGUUUCUACAAAUUUCUCUGCUUUCCAGAUACAUGAGAACGUCAAUAUCUUGUGCAAAGCUCGGGACAACAUCCUCUCAAUCUUGAACGACUUGAAUGACAUGCCUGAGGUUAUGAAGCAGAUGCCGCCUCUUCCGGUGAAGGUGAACCAAGACCUUGCGAAUUCGAUCCUCCCUCGCCCGCCCCAUCAAAUGAAGUCUUGAUGGAUCUUGUAGAGCCGAUUGAUGGUUGAUUCUUGUUAAAGAAGAAAAGGAAAUAAAUGGCAGGAUGUAGAGAGUGUCCACUGGUAAUGAUGAUAGAAACACGGGUUUUGUCCUGAUUCAGUAGAGUUACUACUAGUCUCCUUUGAAAUUUCAGACGUUUCUCAAUAUUCUUAGCAAACGGUCAGGGUUGUAUUGUCGUUUAGGAUGUGAAUAGAUUUCAAUUGUUUAUGGUAAAGAUAGACAAAGUGCAAUUGUUAUACAACCUCUCUUUAGAACAAAACGAAUGUACUUGUUAAUUUCUGAAAUGAGAGAAAAAAGACUAAUGUAUUUGUAACACAA